CGCUCAGUUCAACGUCAUCACCGAGCGCCAUCAGGUAGCGUGUCAGAGGCCGGACCACGUGUACUGUGUUGACUGUCAAAGUCUCUGGGAGCCCAAUUUCCGGAAGCGGUGAGUUCAGAAAGAAGUUCCUGCACCGUAGUUCCCCAAGCCUGCGAAUCCCCAACCAUGAGCGCCUCAGGCGUAGUGUCCUUUACCCAGCAAGGAUGGGAGCAGGUGCUGGCCAAAGUGAAACGGGCUGUGGUUUACCUGGACUCCGCCUGCGCCGAGAGCCUGCACUGGGGCUGCGGAUCCACCCGUCUCCUGGAGGCGGUGGGGGGUCCUGACUGUCACCUGCGAGAGUUCGAGCCCGACGCAGUUGGUGGUGGAGCCAAGCAGCCCAAGGCGGUGUUUGUGCUGAGCUGCCUGCUGAAAGGCCGGACUGUGGAGAUCCUACGGGACAUCAUCUGCCGCAGUCACUUCCAGUAUUGUGUGGUGGUCACAGCCGUGAGCCACGCUGUCCACCUCACAGCUAAUCAUGUCCCAGCGGCGGCAGCGGCCGAGAUGGAGGGGCAGCAGCCGGUGUUUGAGCAGCUGGAGGAAAAGCUGUGUGAGUGGAUGGGCAACAUGAACUACACGGCCGAGGUGUUCCAUGUCCCGUUGUUGCUUGCCCCUGUUGCUCCCCACUUUGCCUUGACUCCAGCCUUUGCAUCCCUUUUCCCACUGCUACCCCAGGAUGUGCAUCUCCUUAAUAGCGCCCGACUGGACAAGAGGAAGCUGGGAAGCCUGGGUGAUGUGGACGCCACUGCCCUAACCACAGAGCUGCUGCUGCAGAUCAGGUGCCUAGUGUCAGGCCUCAGUUCUCUGUGUGAACAUUUAGGAGUACGGGAGGAGUGUUUUGCUGUAGGUUCCUUAAGUCGGGUCAUCGCUGCGGAUCUGGCCAAUUAUGCCCCUGCAAAGAACAGGAAGAAGACUGCUGCAGGCAGGGCAUCAGUGGUUUUUGUGGACAGAACCCUGGAUCUCACAGGAGCAGUUGGACAUCAUGGAGACAACUUAGUAGAGAAGAUCAUUUCAGCACUUCCCCAGCUCCCAGGCCACACAAAUGAUGUGAUGGUUAACAUGAUAGAGCUCACUGCACUCCAAACUGAGGAGGAAAAUUGUAAUGUGGUUGCACCAGGCUGUCUUGCCCAAUCCAAUGACACCACAGCCAAAGCCCUGUGGGAAGCUUUACUCAACACUAAGCACAAAGAGGCAGUGAUGGAGGUUCGGAGACAUCUAGUGGAAGCGGCAAGCAGAGAAAACCUGCCAAUCAAGAUGAGUAUGGGGAGAGUCACACCAGGACAGCUCAUGUCCUAUAUUCAGCUCUUCAAGAACAACCUCAAAGCUCUUAUGAAUCACUGUGGGCUCCUCCAGCUUGGGCUGGCCACAGCUCAAACGUUGAAACACCCACAGACUGCCAAGUGGGACAACUUUCUUGCUUUUGAAAGACUCCUUCUUCAGAGUAUUGGGGAGUCAGCAAUGUCCGUUGUGUUAAAUCAGCUGUUGCCCAUGAUUAAGCCUGUAACCCAGAGAACCAAUGAGGACUACAGCCCUGAGGAACUGCUGAUCCUUCUCAUAUAUAUUUAUUCUGUCACUGGAGAGCUCACAGUAGACAAAGACCUGGGUGAAGCAGAAGAAAAAGUCAAGAAAGCAUUGGCUCAGGUCUUCUGUGAGGAAUCUGAAUUGUCACCUUUGCUGCAAAAAAUUACAGGCACAUUGAAGGGUUGGGAGAAGAACAAGGAAGCCAAGAUGGGUGAUACAGCGCCAUUGCAUGACUGGGACUCUUCAAUUAACCUGACAUUUCACAAAUCCAAAAUUUCUGUGGAUAAACUCUUUACUUCACUUCGGGAUAUUGCUGGAGCUCGGAGUCUCAUGAAACAGUUUAAGUCUGUAUAUGUUCCUGGAAAUCAUACCCACCAGGCAUCUUAUAAACCAUUGUUGAAGCAAGUUGUGGAGGAAAUAUUUCAUCCUGAGAGGCCAGAUUCCAUUGAUAUUGAACACAUGUCUUCAGGCCUCACUGAUCUCCUUAAAACUGGAUUUAGCAUGUUCAUGAAGGUGAGCCGCCCUCAUCCUAGUGACUACGCUGUCCUGAUCCUCUUUGUGGUAGGAGGGGUCACAGUCUCUGAAGUGAAAAUGGUCAAAGAUCUUGUGGCAUCAUUGAAACCAGGAACCCAGGUAAUCGUGCUGUCCACUCGACUCCUGAAGCCACUUAACAUUCCUGAGCUGUUAUUUGCAACUGACCGACUGCAUCCAGACCUUGGCUUCUGAGCAUCCACUAAGAAGAUAAGACCUACUCAUGCUGGAAAUGCUGAUACAAUUUUCUGCCACCACUCCAAAUACUCCUCCACAACCAACAUCCCUGUCACUAAUUGCGAGCAUGACAGAAUUCUGCCUGAAGGGUCUUGAUACCUUCGCAGUGAGGUACUUUGCUUGAAUUGCUGUGAUUCUUUAAAAAAAAAAAAAAAAAAAAAAAAAAAAGUUUUUCUUAUUUUCCUGAAGGUGACAAUCUGUCUUUUGGCUAGUCCAAUUAGUGAUCAUUUCCAUUUAUCCUUAACCCUCUGUGAGCUUCCUGAUUCCACCUGCAAGUUCAUUAAUUCUAAAGAAAAGCCUGUUGGCAAGUGUUGGUAGAUUACAACUCUUUUAAUUUGAAGUUGCUCAAGAAGUUAGACAUGCUUUAGAAUUAUGAGUGUGAGGAAAGUUUGAUGUUCCUUAGGAUUAUAUAAUUGAGGAGAGAACAUUGCAAAUAGGGUCUGAGGCUCUGUUUCUCUCUUGCUCUGAAACAUUUCUGAAAAGGCAAAGAAGGGAGGGGUAGUGUCUAGGGCAGUGCUGGUAGCCUGCAUGUAUUGUAAAUCGUCCUGCCAUAACAAAGAACUGCAUUGUUCUAGCUGGCCCACUGGGCAGGUCUGCCAGGCUACUUGGAACUGUAGUGGGAAGGUGGUUGAUUGGAGAGUUAUCUGCAUAUAAAAGUUUUCCUCCCCUCCAAAGAAAGACCCCAAUACGAGAUAUCUGGUCCCAGGGAGUCUAAAUUGUAACAGCAACCCCUGUGGACUUUGUGGGUAUGAGUUUUGAUUGAAAUAUAAAGCUUUCUUUUCUAUAAGUGUAAGUUUUCCAUCUGACCAUUAGCAAAAAAACCUAGACCCACCUAGUGAAAUUUUGUAAGAACUCCAGGGCAAAAAUGAACCACUUGCAACCCACAUGUUUGUAGGUGUAUGGUUGAUGGAGGUUUCUGGCAUCCAUGUUGGUAAUAAACAGAUAAAACUGAAAAGGUUUUUAUUGUGGAUUAAACAGGUGAAGAAAAUAACAUGUACACCAAAACACUCACAUGUCUCUGAUUUUAGUUCUCUACGAAACGCUGUCAUUUUUGAAAGAAACGUCAAGUUGGAGAUUAUUUUAAGAUGUAACCAAAGCAGGGUUUUUGUAGACACAGACACUCUUUUUCUUGCCCAAGUAUGUUUUCCACAUAAUAUCAAUUCUUUCAUGAAAUAGAGGAGACCUCAGGUGCCUUUUUCAUUCUACUAAUCUUAAAGUAUUGAAUUUGAAUAAGGAAGGAAAUGGUAACCAUCCCUAAGAAAUGUUAAAGCAGAGAUGACUUUUCUAAAAUAAAAAAAUGAAAAGUAA